CGCAAAGGGAACCGUUCAGCCCUUUCUCUUCCUUGCUCCCGUCCCAAACUUCUGUGUCGCAUGUGUACCUGUACUUUACAUUUCUAUGCUCUGGCUCGUCUGGGUGUUGUCCACAGUCUUCAGACACAAUACAUAUGCCCGUUGGGGAGAUGAACACCCUCUCGUCCUCUCCACUACGAAUUACCUUUUGGGCGGUAAAGUUCAUACCACUGCCAAAAAUGAAGAGUCACUGAGUCAGUAUCUGGUCAGAGUGCGAUCUCCGCUUUCCGCCUACCGUCGGCCGGAGUCUGGAGUUCACUCGAGUUUUUGAACACGAACAGUGACAUGGAUAGAGUAUCCAGGAACAUGCUUGUGGCUUGUGCCAAAGGUUCGAAGCCUAGCCCGGUCUUUUUUUUUUCUUCUUCAGAUCCCAAUUCCUUAAGUACUGUACCCGAUGGGCAUCUUUACGGCUGGGUUUCGUUUUUCUUUCGGCGCCUUCAGGUCGGUUACGACCGUUGCGGUUCUACGGUGGGCACUUCGGAGCCCGGGCUUUUCUGAAAUGUUGUGCUGGAAGGAAUAAGUCGGUGGCGCUAGGCAGCUGAAUGAGAAUCAUGGGACUACCUCUGUUUUGUACGCCCACUAAACUUUACAGGAGUGGAUGGAGCCAGUCGAGUUUAAAUGAGUUCUUUUUGGGCUGGCGGCGAGUGUGUGACGACCCGGCCCCGGCAUUGGCUUCCGAGUGCUGGGAGGUCCUGCUGGCCUACAUAGUAGAUAAGAGCGGAGGCGGAAAAGUGGUCGGUCGGUCUAGGAAAAGAGGGAAAAGGCCGCAUGGGAAUGAAAAAAAAAAAAAAAAAAAAAA